UAACACAAACUUAACAAAAUCUCAUACAAUAUGAAGAUUUCUUGGUUUUCCUUUAUUUUUGUACUACUUGUUCUCUCAUCAGCUUCAUGGUCAACAUUAGCUGAUAAUCAUGAAGAAUUCAUUCAAUGUCUAUCUCAUAGUAACCAAAUAUCCUCCAAUGUUUACACACCAAAUAACUCUUCUUUUCAAUCAAUCCUUCAAUUCUCCAUACAAAAUCUAAGGUUCAAUACAUCCGAAACUCCUAAACCUCUUGUGAUUGUCACCCCAGUGAGUGAAACUGAGGUUCAAAGAGUCAUUCUUUGUGCUAAGAAAACUGGGAUGCACGUUAGGGUUCGUGGUGCAGGACAUGAUUAUGAAGGUCUUUCUUAUGUCUCUGAGGUUCCAUUUGUUAUAGUUGACCUUAUCAACCUUAGAAAAAUCAAUGUUGAUGUCAAUGAUAAGAGUGCAUGGGUUGAGGCUGGAUCAACUAUUGGUGAACUCUAUUAUAGAAUCGCAGAGAAAAGCAAAACCCUAGGGUUUCCAGCUGGUGUUUGUCCAACGGUUGGUGUUGGUGGACAUUUUAGUGGAGGUGGUUAUGGUGUUAUGCUGAGAAAAUAUGGCCUAGCAGCUGAUAACAUUGUAGAUGCACGAUUGCUUGACGCGAAUGGAAGGAUUCUUGAUAGGGCUUCCAUGGGAGAAGAUCUAUUUUGGGCAAUUAGAGGAGGUGGUGGUAAUAGUUUUGGACUUGUCCUUGCAUGGAAGGUCAAAUUAGUAGAUGUUCCUGAGAUAGUAACUGUUUUCACACUUGACAAAACAUUGGAACAAAAUGCCACUAAGCUUGUUCAUAAGUGGCAAUAUGUGGCUCCAAGAUUCCAUGAAGAUUUGUUCAUUAGGAUCUUGGUUAGUAGAUUGAACUCAAGUAAUCAAGGAGAUGACAACAACCAACAAACAAUUGUAGCUUCAUUCAACUCCAUAUUCCUUGGUGGUAUCGAUCGAUUACUUCCCAUCAUGCAUGAAAAUUUCCCUGAAUUAGGGUUGAGAAGAGAAGAUUGCAUUGAGAUGAGCUGGAUAGAGUCUAUAUUGUACUUUGCAGGGUUCCCAACAGAUGGACCUCUUGAUGUCUUGCUAAGUAGGGUUCAACUCUCAACGCGUUACUUCAAGGCAAAAUCAGACUACGUGUAUCAGCCAAUCCCAGAGGGAGGUCUCAACGGAAUAUGGAGAUUCUUCUUUGAAGAUGAAGCUCAAUCAUCUCAAGUGAUCUUAAGUCCUUAUGGUGGGAGGAUGGAUGAGAUUUCACCAUCCGCUAUACCGUUCCCCCAUAGAGCUGGGAAUUUAUACAAAAUCCAACAUUUGGUGUAUUGGGAUGAAGAAGGGGAAGAAGUAGCUGAGAGGCAUAUAAGUUGGAUAAGAAGACUUUAUUCUUACAUGGCUCCUUUUGUUUCUAAGUCACCAAGAGCUGCUUAUAUCAACUAUAGGGAUCUUGAUAUUGGAGUGAACAACAUAAAGGGAUAUACAAGCUAUGUGCAAGCUAAGGUUUGGGGUAUAAAGUAUUUCAAGAAUAAUUUUGAUAGAUUGGUUCAUGUGAAGACUAAGGUGGAUCCUUCAAAUUUCUUUAGGAAUGAACAAAGUAUUCCUUCACUUACUCAGUGGAAGAACAAAGGUGAAUAAAGUUUAUCACUAUACAAAAAUAUAACAAGAUACAUAUUAUUUAAUUAAUUAAGUACAUAUAGUUUCUCUUGAUUGUUUGUAUUAUAAAGGGUCAUGCAUGUGAGAACAUGGCACUUGAUAAGACUUGUUUUGUAAAAAUUGUUUUACGUAAUUUGUUUGUUCUAUGAAAUUAUUGUAUAUUA